AUGGGGCUCUUACUGUCCUUAGGUGAUUGGGCCAAGGUUAUUGAAUCAAUUCAUAUCUACCCUCAAGACGGUCCAAUAACCUUGGCCCAAUCACCUAAGGACACGUCAGUUAGCGAUGUUUCACCUCCACUUUACGUUGAUUUUGCGCCUCCCCCAUAUGCUUUUACUCCUGAAAUUAAAGGUUCAUGUAGAGGGAUUUUAUUUUUGCACGGUCGUUUAAAAUUCACCCUAUGGAAUCCAUCCACUGGAUUUCGCAAACAAAUACCUGCAUCUCCUUUUAAUUCCGAAACAUGUUCUUUAAGUAAGCUAUAUGGUUUUGGUUAUGACCACUCAAGAGAUGAUUACUUGCUAGUUACAUUUUCCUGUGAGCGAACCUUAGUUAAUCCUUCGUCGCAUUUAGAGUUAUUCUCGUUUAGAAACAAUAGAUGGGAAGAAAUUGAUGGUAAUUACGGACUUUAUUAUAAUUGUACAUCUAUCGAUCUCAAAGGAGGGUCUCUAUGUAAUGGGGCUAUUCAUUGGUUGACCUCCCGAUCUUAUGAUUUUCUUGAAUUUCCCGUGGAUGUUAUCCUUGCCUUUGAUUUAUUGGAGAGGCAACCGGUAGAGAUGCCUCUUCCGGACCAUAAUCCUCGAACUCGGGAUAUAUGGAUAUUUGGAGAAUUUUUCAGUCUAUGGACUAUGUAUAAUGACACAUUUAAAGUUUUUGUGAUGAAAGAAUACAAAGUGCAUUCCUCUUGGACUCAAACUCUUGUCCUUCGUAUUGAUGGCGUACCUACUAAGAACUUUUACCCAGUGUGUUGUACAAAAAAUGGUGAUAUUAUUGCAACAGUUAAUGAUGGUACUGAACUGGUGAAGUUAAAUGAUGAAGGAAUGCUGCUAGGGAAUCACACCUACGGUGACCAACCAUUUAUGUUCCAAGUUGUCAUGUAUACAGAGUCUCUCCUUUCACUUCCUGAUGGUGACGGUGAAUAA